ACAUGCACACACACACAUUCGUAGUCAGAGAUACCAAACACAUCCACUAACACCCACGCACAUAACUUUCUGCCAGUGGCACAGAGGAAAAUGGCUGACAGUCAUUGUUGGAUUAUACUGUAUCUGUUAGGAUCCUGCCAGGAUGCUUUUGGUUUAUGAUUUCUCUUGUGAUUUGGCGUAGGAGCAUCUAUAUUUCUUUGGCCAUACUAAGGUGUUUUCACAACCAACAUGGCCACCUUUGACAACAACAAGACCAACAACCUAACCAAUGACAGCGCCUCCUACUGUCAGUUCCAAGAGGACUUUAAAUAUAUUCUCCUUCCUGUCAGCUAUGCCGUGGUCUUUGUCGUCGGCCUGGCGCUGAACGCCACGGCGCUGUACGUGAUUGUGUUCCGCACUAAGCAGUGGAAGCCCUCCACCAUCUACAUGCUCAACCUGACGGUGUGCGACACACUCUACGUCCUCACUCUGCCCUUCCUCAUCUACUACUACGCAGAUCAGAACGACUGGCCCUUCAGCGAACCGGUCUGCAAGAUCAUACGUUUCCUGUUUUAUACCAACUUAUAUGGUUCCAUUCUGUUCCUCUGCUGUAUCAGUCUGCAUCGCUUCGUUGGCAUCUGCUAUCCAGUCCGCUCCCUCUACUGGGUCAGUGCUCGUCGGGCCAGGCUGGUGUCUGUCGCAGUGUGGGCCUUUGUGUUAUUCUGCCAGGCACCUAUUCUCUACUUCGCAAGAACGAGGGAGAUGGAGGGCGAGCUGAUCUGUUACGACACCACCAGCCCAGAGCUUUUUGAUGACUUCCUGGUGUACAGCUCGGCCGUGUCGGUGCUCAUGUUCGCCCUGCCCUUCAUGGUGGUGAUGGUGUGCUAUGGCCUCAUGGUGCGGAAGCUUCUGGAGCCCGGCUGGGGGUCUGAAGGGGGCGAAGCGGGAGGCGUGUCAGUCCAACGCACCAAGCAGAAGUCAGUGAAGAUGAUCAUCAUCGUGCUGGCGGCCUUCAUGCUCUGUUUCCUGCCUUUCCACCUCACCAGGAGUCUUUACUACUCUUUUAGAUACCUAAGGCAGGUCGAUCCAUCGCAGAUCAGCUGUCAGCUGCUGGAGGCCUCCAGUGUGGCCUACAAGGUGACCAGACCUUUUGCCAGCGCCAACAGCUGUGUGGACCCCAUCCUUUACUUCCUGGCUGGGCAGGACGUCCGAGGUAACAUCACAAAGAAGAUCAAGUCAUCUUCAUCGAGACCAAAAACAAGUCUGAGCCAUUGCUUAACAACACAACUCUGAGACUAUUUUGGUAAAAGUGCAAAAGGUUGUGGGGACAUAUAGAGUACUUAUUGCUGAUCUCUUCUGGUAGAUGUGACGCCCCAUACACCGACACUGACAGACUCUGCAUUCAGAUUUCCAUCAUCAACAAGUGGAAGUGCAUGCUCAGAUUUGACCAAAUCAAAUAUGGACAAUAUCAUUAUAAUGAAGAGUAUAAUAAAUAUAUAAAUCAGAUUUCUAACAGAAGACAGGUCAUUCAAGGAUUUCUUUUGUUUUGUUAUGUUUGGAAAGCUAUAAUGCAUGGACAAAACUAAACUACAUGGCGCUCCACACAGCUGUGGUUUUUGUUAAUGAUUCUACUGGACAACGGCUGCACCUGUUUGUACAGGAACAAGUGGAUUUUCCUCAGCUCGCCUUUUUUUUCCCACAUAUCAGACAGAGAGGGUGAACUUGACCACUCUGUGGCCUUUAAGAUUUAUUUUGAAUGUUCUGGAGAAGUGUGUGUGUCACUUUGUAUCACAAAGUAUGAAGGAACUAAAACAAAAUAUUAUAAUAAACAAACACAAUUGUUA